AUGUUACUUAUCCACUUCUGUUUCCUUUCAUUCACCAAGUCUUUUGAGACUGACAGCUUUGCAGUAGAAUCUCCCUUAGGCAAUAUUUGUCCAUUCCGGUGUAACGUGUGGCUUCAGUGCUUAGCAGCUGUUGGUGAAGCUCGUCCCUGGUUUUGUGGCGUUACAUACAACCCUUUCAUUGUGGAACAUGUGAAUGAAGUGCGCAUGUGCAGGAGAGAGGGGCGUGUAGUGCUGGCCUCCCGCUCGGGCCGGAGGCUUGGCUUCCUCGGCCUGGGGCUUGGGUGGGCCCGCGCCGGGCGAUGGACGGGUCGGGCUUGCCAGGCCCAGCAGUGUGGCUCAGUACCUGGCCCGGCGCGCCGACCUCUGAAGGAGUGGACACUGCUGGUGAGCCCGUUCGGUCGGCUGCGGGCGCGGCUCCUGUGCCACCUGGCCGUGAGGCCCCUGGACCCGAUCUCCUUCCCGGACGGGGACCGCGUGCUGGUGGCCGUGUCCGACGUGGAGGGCGGGGAGCCGGGCCUGGACAGCCUGCAGGUGCGGUACGACGGCCUGCGGGAAGGGACCACCGUGUCCGACACCAUCGGUCCCCGGGCGGCGGUGGAGGUGAACGUACCCCUGAAGUUUGAUUUGAAUAUCAAGUCAUUGGAAUCUGGCUGUGUAGAAAUCCAGAAUAUUGAAUGUGAUAAUUGCAAAAUUGAAACUGAACAGGGUACCAGCUUCUUACACUCUGUUAAGAGUCAAAAAUUACAUGUUCAAAUCAAAGAUGGCAAAGUGAUCUGUCUGGGAACAAUCUAUGGAGAUACAGAUAACCAUGUAUCAGAUAAAAGUAUUAUCCUAAACAUAACAAUUGUAAACGAGAAGCAGUUAUAUUCUCAUUGGCUGGAUAAUCUGGGUAAUAUAAUACUACAAAGCAAGAUGGGCAACAUCACUGUAGAUUCGUCCUGUGGAUGUCUAAAAGCCUCCACUCAGCAGGGUGCCAUAGAUGUUUAUAUCAGCCAACUAGGGAAAGUGGAAUUGAAAUCACACAAAGGCUUUGUUACUGUCAUGGUCCCAUCUUCUCUUCAAACCUAUAUACAGUUAUCAGGAAAAGAGGUUGAUGUGAACCCAGAAGUCAAUGUUCAGGAAGUGGCUGAAGAUCAUAAAGAUGAUGGUGUAACAAUUACUGGACACAUGAAUCAAGCAAAGAGACAUGAAAACUGGAUUAAUGCUUCUGCCCCAGAAGGCACUGUACAUUUCAGAAAUUCAAGCUGGUUUCAAACUGCAGAACUAAAGCAUUUGAGUUGUUAUUUAUGUUUGUAAACAAUAGCAGACUUCCAAUGAUGAUACUGCAAAUACCACUGUUCGUAUGAAUCUUGAAAAUAAAAACAGCAUUGGGAACAA